GUGGCUCACGCUUUGCAGUUUGCCGAGACUGUAACAUUGUCAUUAGCAAAUUCAGACACCUUCCCGGACCACGUUAAACUCCUUGAGAUAUCAUUCCGUCCACAAGCACCUGUAGAUUCACCCACAUUACAAACUUCGAUCUUCCUUCAGCUCCAAUAGCCUGCUUCUUUCAAUUAACCAGUUUCGGUGCUGAAAACUCAUAUAAAGGUACAGAAGAUUGAUUCCACUGUCAUCAAGCUAGCAGCCGUUCAAUUUCCUUCUCCUGGCUCACUAUUCUCCUAAAAUCGUUUUAGGCAAGGUGCAGGAAAUUCUUUUCUGGUCCAGUUUUAAUCUCUCGGAGGUGCAUAACUCACUGCAAUGUUGCGGAGAUCCAUUUUGGAAAUAUCAUCCCGACGAACUCUUGCAAUAAACCCUAGACAUUUUACAAAUCGGGCAAUACCUUCACGUCUGUCUUUGCGAAAGAAAUUCUCAACUGCAUCUAAAUUAGGUGGGGCCUCUAUUCCUGGCUCCACGGGCAAGCCACCUGAAUCUCAAGGCUCUUUGUCAAAGUUUGUCAUUGGCAGUUUUGCUGUUGGUGCUGCUUUUUUGGCAGCCUACCAAACUGGUUAUUUGGACCAAUAUCUUAGGAAGGCCCAACGCAGUGUUCCCCAGGAUGUGGAGAUUAAUGCUACCAAUGAAGAUUCUAAAACCCCCCAACAUUCAGUGGAACUGUUAGUAUCACCUAGCAGUGAGAAAUUGAGCAGUGAAAGUCCUUCUCCAGAGCCUGCAGAGCAGAAGAUGGAUGCCCAACUUCCUGUUCUUCAAAAUUUGACAGAAGAUGUUGGUGAUAAUCAGAUUCAAGUGCAAGACAAAUCUGAUAAUGAUGGAGAGGGUACCGUCUUUGCCAAAAAAAGUGAGCUUCCUGAAUUUCCUCAAAGCAAUGCAGCAUCUGACAAUUUAGGUAGGGAGUCUUUGGUACAACCAAAAGAGAUUGAUGACAUGAGCAGAGAGACUGACACUGCCAUGGGACUAGAAGGGGGAACUCAACAAGCAACCACAUCUACUUUCACCACUGCUGGUCCAGAUGAAAAAGGGGUUGAAAACAAUGAAUCACUGCAACAGGUGAUGGAGGAAAGAAGAGAGGACACGGUAGAUAAUGACCUAGAACAGCCUUCUCCUCUUCUUGAGGAAUAUCACUUAAGGGAUAAGGAUGAAAAAAGUGCUGGAACUUUUUUGAGUAGUGAAGGGUUUACUGAGAACAGCCAAUUUUAUGAAGAAAAAGAGGCGCUUAGUUGUGUGAUGGAGGGGUUGAAAGAUGGAUACAUUUCUAAGGAUGGUAAAGUGGUUCUUGAUUUCUUACAAGCAAUCCAUGCUGCUGAGAAAAGGCAAGCUGACUUGGAUGCACGUGUUUUUAAUGAAGAGAAGAAAAUGUUGAGGGAGAAGUAUGAAAAAAGGUUGAAAGAUGCAGCUGCUAGAGAACUUAUGCGUGCUGAAGAGGCUGCAAUGUUGGAUAAGGAGCUAAAACGAGAAAGAGCUAAAGCAGCCCUUGCUAUCAAAUCACUUCAAGAAAAGAUGGAAGAGAAACUUAAGAUUGAACUAGAACAAAAGGAAAGUGAAGCAGAAAUGAAGUUGAAAAAAGUUCGGGAAUUAGCUGAGGCAGAGUUAAAUGCAGCCAUAGCAAAUGAGAAGUCAGCCCAACUUGAAAAAUUGCUUGAAGCAUAUGUUGAUAUAAAUGCCUUAAGCAUGGCAUUUUAUGCUCGAUCUGAAGAAGCGCGUCAAAGUCAUGCUGCAAACCAUUUUUCUAUGGGAGCCCUUGCCCUGGAAGAUGCACUGUCAAAAGGAUUGCCCAUUCAUGAAGAAGUUGCAUCUUUGAAGUCACAUCUUGAAGGCGUAGAUAAAGAUUCAGUUUUAGAAUUGGUGCUAGCAUCCCUUCCUGAAGAGACAAAGAACAUUGGCACAGACACGCAACUGCUGUUAAAACAGAAGUUUGAUUCUCUAAAAGGUGCAAUACGACAUUUCAGUUUCUUUCCACCCGGAGGUGGAGGGAUGUUGGCACAUUCUUUGGCUCAUGUAGCAUGCUGGUUAAAGGUUAGGGAAGCUGAUCAGUCAGGUGAUGGGAUUGAAUCCAUUAUAAAUAGAGUUGAGUUUUACUUGGCUGAAGGAAAACUUGCUGAAGCAGCUGACGUUCUGGAAGAAAGUGUCAGAGGCACACAAGCUGCAGAAAUUGUUGCAGAUUGGGUGAGACAAGCAAGAAACAGAGCUAUUUCUGAGCAGGCUUUAGCUCUUCUCCAGUCUUAUGCCUCUUCCAUUAGCCUGACAUGAAUCUUAAAUCGGGAAUAUCCACAGAACCAUAUUGAUUUAAACCCUGAGCAGGCAGGGAUUAUCUGAUUCUCUCAAGCUGCUAGCUGGAAUUGCCUAAUUGUUCAACCCCAAGGAACGCAAGCUACCUUCUCUUUCUUAUCAGUUGAAGUGGCUGAUUAUAUCUUUUUCCCUUGCAUUAAUGUAACUCCAAUGGCUGGAGUGAUGUUAGGAUCACAGUAAAUUGAAGUGUUCGCUACGGAAAAUUCAAUAACCACCAAGACCAACAGGACAAAAUGAUUGAGUGCCAAAUGCCUCUCAACGUUAGUGCUUUCGAUUUACAGCAUAUGUCUAUUUCAUUAGCAGACUUGAUUAAUUGGUGGAUCGAGUUGCGAGUUUUGUUGUUAGGUUUCAGGCUCAAAUUUCUGUAAAACGACUCAAGUUUGAACCUCUACCGCACCCUAUGAGGAGAUCUGGCAAGCUGUUCUCUUUUACAUAAAUUUCCCCCCAUUUUCCUAAAUGGUUGCCAUUUAGGGACGGUUUUGUCACAUGUCCUUAGCGAGCCCAGGAAUAGCUUCAUUCACGCGAAGUAUGGCAGUCCCUUCUAGUCCGUUUGGGUUGAAUAAAUCUACAUUUGAUACCUUCAUUAAGUCAUGUUCGCAAGAACUGCAGGAUUUAUGGAUCACAUCUGACUUUAUAUCAUGAGUUUUCUGGUC